AGACGAGAAUGUGUGGUGCGUCGACAUUUUGAGUCGGCCUUCCCGAAUUCCGUCACCAUCGCGGAAGGCAGCGCGACCAGCUUCCUCCUGAAAUAGUUUCCGUUUUGCCUCGGCUGUCUCGAGCACAGUGAAAAGUUGCCGAUCGAAUUGGCAUGUGUAUGUGUGUGUGCUGUGUGGAAAGCCAUUUUCUAUUAGAAAAUCAGAAAAAAUCCUACUCGCGAAUCUUCUACUGCACGCCGUUUGUUCGUCAACCUCUGUUCCAAUAACGGUAAACCAUUUUUAGUGUAGUACAAAACCCAGUGCAAUCACACGCGGAACGAAUGCUCAACGUGCUUCUUUCUCCACCAAACACCGAACGAGUGUUGUGCAGUGUGAAGGAAAAAUCAUCAACCAGUUGGCAAAAAUUUGCAUAACACGGCUCAAUUUUGAAGUUUUGUGAUUGUGAACAAAAGCAAUAGAAAGAAAGAGAGAGAACUGUGCGCGUGUGUGUGUGGGUACUGGUUUUGCUGUUUCGUACCACCGGUCUGUGUGUAUGCAUCGAGAAGUAAAAGUGAAACCACCCCGCCGCUCUACCGGAAGUGCUGCCGGCGGAAGAUCAGGGUGAUCUGCGCGAACCAGGCGGCGAUCCCAUUUUUCCCUCCCCAGCGGCAGCCAACGGUCGGGAAAACAUGGACGUGUCCGAGAGCUACAGCGGAGAUGAGCUCAUACCAGAAAGCUGCCUCGAGUCGGAAUGGAUUGAUGAAGAUGAAGUGUUUGCAAUUCUUAAACAAUGGGAAACACGCGGUGGCGGCGUUGUGCGCGGCAACAGCAAAGCAGCAGCAGCCGCCGGUUAUGGCAACACUGCUGGUAGCGGUCACAUCCUGCUGAAUCAGAGCUUUGGCAAUGAGAACAACAUUAGCGUCGGUAGCAGCAUCCCCGGAAAACUAGAAAUACUAUCCGAAUGUGUGACGGACCGCAUCAAGAACGAGCUUCUUCUGCUCGAUGAUAUCGAUAGUAUAGAGUGUGACAAGCGGCUGCUGAAUCCAAACAGUGGCAGUCAAAGAUUCGUCGACACGGGAACGUUCACAAGACCGAAGAAGAGAAUAGAGACUGGCAUACCGAACAGUCCACUCGCUGUAGAUAAUAACAACACCUUGUCCUCUUCACACACCGAGUUCCCAAGCGGAGGAUCACCGCUGCUGAACGUACAAAUCGGUGGCCCGGUAACGCCUUCCGCCCUGGCUACCCCGUCCGCCCUCGCUAGCUCGACCACCGGCAACCGGCUGCUGAUGCAGCGCAGCUGGCUGCAGGAUGUGUCGCCGCCCUGCUCGAUCAUGAACUCGAUGGAGUACUCGGCAAACGAGAAGAUUACCAGUAGCCUGAUCACGAGCGGUGACUUUAGCAGCGUCGGCUGUCUGCUGAACGCCGGCGAUGACAACGCGAACGGGAGCAUGCCGAGCGUGGGCAACGCCAGCUACAAUGGCUACAAUCUGUACAGCGUGAUCGAGGACCGGCAGCGGCUGGAGAACCUUUGCCUGGACGAGGAAAGCACGCUGACGAAAGAUUGCAACAUCUCGCGCACGGACCUGAAUGCAAUCGAGAGCGUGUCGGGCGUGAGUACGAUGCAAAACUCGUACGAAAGCAGUGGCCGAACGGGGGCGCUGGUGGGGGGCAAGUCUUCGUUCGAGGAGGAAAGCUCGCCACCGCCGCCAGCAUCGACGGGUGCGCCAACGGAAGAGGAACGGGACGCUGGAAAGGAACUGAUCAACACGACCAUCACUACCGGCGUGACCGCUCCCAACGACACGUUCGUUGUGCCGGUUGAGCUGCAGGAAGCGGAAGCGGAGCGGCUGCUCGCCGGCAAGCUGCUGCUGAACGGUGGAGGUACGUACGAUGCGCGUCGGCCGCGCAACUUCAACACGUACCGCAAGCCGCGCUCGUCGUUGAACCAAACGUUCGAGGAAGUGCCGCACGUCGAUGCGGAUACGACGGUCGUGCUGCCGGCGGCGGGGCAAACGUUCGUCGCACCGAAACCGGUCCUCGACAAGCAUGCGGUCAUGAACAGCACCUUCGGCAUCGUUGGGGACGAGCAGAUCGGUGGCGCGGCCAAUGGGCACGGAACGUUCGUCAGCAACCGUACGCUCAACAGCGAAGAAAAGGAUGACGUGCGGUUAAUCAAUCUGACGCUCGACACGGUCGAACCCUCGAUCACACCGCCGCCUGCCGUUCCGUUCGAUCGCACCUUCAAGCGGCGUCCGCGCAACGGCACGUUUAUCGGCGGCGAGGACGAGGUACGCCAUCUGCCAUUUGAUAGCCCGCUGCGGCCGACGGUGGUAGGCGGCGGGGCCGGACCGGCAGCUGAACCACAGCUGGAAGAUGAAGCGGAACCGCACGGGCAGCGCACACCAAACGGAACGUACAAUCAGCCGCAGCAGCUCCCGGCCAACUCGAUGCUGGUACAGUCGACGCCCUUCCACGGACCGUCGGCUCGGGCGAAGGUGGCGCCGGAGCUAGAGGACCUGUCACCGAUCGGUCCCGAGACGCAGAAAACCACCCCUACCAGCGGGCUGGGACGUACGAUGGUGCGACGCAGCCGCAACCUGGAGCAGGACCUGCGGAACAUUACCCACGAGGUGGUUGGCACCGCCGAACCGGCCGCUGACAUGCUGCUCGAGCUGGAGACGGACGAUUUUGACGUCCAGAUACGGCGGCUACCGACGACGGCCACCACUGGCACUGGCACCGGCACCGGCACGGACAUAUCGGAUUUCCUCGACGCGGAGAAGCGCAUCUCGCUGCAGCACUUUGAGGAGUUUGAGAAAUCGAUACUGGAAAGCGAACACAGCGGGAUCGAUUUCGACGAAAUGCUCAACUCGCUGACGGCGGACGUGCGCCGGUCGGACGAGGCGAGCGACAAGCUGCGGCAGUCGCUGGACAACAUCAAGAAGCGCCACUCGCGCAUCAACCUGGAGAAGCAGCAGCAGGACGAGAUGAAGCGGAAACUGCACCAGCAGCAGCAACCGGCGGAGGCACAGUGCGACAAUAAGCUGGCGGACUCGCUGCUCUCGAAAAGUGGUGGCGGCAGCAGCAGCAUGUGCUCGUCGAGUGGAAGCGAAAGACUGUUAAAUCGUAGAAGUAGAUAUAAUGAGGACGUACACCUGAACCUAUCGCCGCAACAGCAACAGUCAUCAGCGAUGAACGCGACGGUCAUCAUGGCGAACGGAGGAAGCGAAGAGGGGCCCGCUGAAUCGGCUGAUCCCGUCCCUACCAACAGCGAGGUAGAGACGUACGAUCGUAAGAACCGGGACCGCUUCAAAACGAUACGGCUGGGCAGGCGGCGGGACGAUUCGCUCGGUGCCGUCCUGCCGGAUGUGGACCAGGAGCUGGCCGGACCGCAGCCACUGUUGAACGGAUCCGGGGAAGAUAGCGGUCUCAGCAGCAGCAGUGCCUUUAGCAGGGUGGAUCAUAACGCGGCAAAGAUGGCGGGUGGUCCGCCAUCGCUCGCGAAUGGUGGUAGCAGGGUGGCGGCGGGUAACGGCAGUAAUCUGCCCACGAUGAAGACUGAACCCUCCGGGGAUGACGAUGAGACCGUGUUUAAGAAACCGCAAGCAAUUCAGCCCAGCACGAUGAUGCAGCAACCGUCCGGGCUGGCACGUCCCGGUGAAAGCCGGUUGCGCAGUACCCUCUCCAAGCCGCGCUACUAUGGCGCUGCCGGCCCGCUCCAGGGCAUGGUUGGAGGAAUACAGCGCAAAGACCUCACACUUCCGCUCGGCAACAAGUCCAGCUCGGCCGAUUGCCUAGAACAGCGGGAAGAGGACGAUCAGUAUCUGCUGCAGCAACCGCAGCAGCAACGGCUGUCCGGGGAUAAAUCGCUCCAGCAGCAGCAGCCCACCUCGCGGCUAGCGACCAUGUCCAAGCUGGGUGGCGGUAGUGGCGGUCUGCUCGGCACCGGAAGGUACUCACAGUUUGGCCUUGCGAACAAGCAGCUACAGCUGCAGCAGAACCAAACCGUUGCCGGCCAGCCGAUGGGUGCUCCGGCGCUCAAGUCCCCGAUGGGCACGAAAUCAAAGUCCUACCACAGUCUUACGUUUGCGCAGGCAAACAAUAGCAGCGGGUACGGUGGCUCCAGUGGCAAUCUCUCCAAGCUACACGGAUCGUCCGCGCUGCAGCUGAAACUGAAGCACAAUUCCAGCAACACAGAGCUGAAAAGUAACACAUCCAAGCGGUUCUCGCUGCAGCAGCAGGCAGCUACCAACUUGCGGCUAGCGUCCAGUAGCGCCAACCAGCAUCAGAGUGCCGAAGGAGGAGAAGGAGGAGGAGGAGCAGUAGUGGGGGGCCGUGCCAGCUUACCGCUGGGGCGAUCACCUGCCGCCGCUCAGCCAAAUGCAGCUCGUACCGGCCUGAACAACAGCUCCACCGCUGCUGCAAUGGCUAACAAAACCGCUCUGAAUACUACCACUCUCUCGGGUGGUGUACAGAUGCGCACAGCCAGCGGGUUGGCGAAAACGUCCCGCCUUGGGCUGAUUCGCCCCUCGUCCGGAUACUUUAGCUACAGCACGCACCGCAAGCACCCGGACUCUGAUAACGAGUCCGUCAAUAGCCUAUCAUCCUCAUCCGCUAGCUCACGGGGCAGCCUGUAUCGUGUAGAUAGUCAAAGCAUAGCGAACAGUGCGCAACCGCUACAGUUUGCGAGCGCCACGCGAACCAAUAGUGUCGAGGACGUUAGCGGCGCCAGUAGUAGUGGUAACGGUUUGCUAACGAAACUUAAUGGCACCGGUGCAGGAAUGGGCCCGGGAGUGCUGAGCGCGUACGCGUCGAUCGAGCCGCCGCUACCGAAGAACAACCCUCCAGUGUCCUCCUCCAUGCCGGCGGCGCCAACAACGACCGGACUGAAGCAACCGACGGCAGCGACCGGCGGAGCGAAACCUUCCGGGCUGAGGCCACCGUCCGCCAUACGACCACCGACGGUGCGCAGUGGUCUUCCGCGUCCCACGAGCUACAUAAGACGAUAGAUUGUGCGUGGUUUUUCUUCGUGUACGAUGAUUAGCUAAUAAGGGCCCAGCUCCCAGCAACACACGGCAGGUAAACGAGCCAUAGAAAACCCCUGUCGUGUGUGUGCGUGUGCCCGUGUAAUACGGGCAGAGCGCAGCACAGACAACCAGAUCGUCCAGAUCGACAGACAACCAGAGCACAGACAACCAGAUCGUGUUAAUAUUAAGCCGUCGUCUGCAAUGUGUCACGUGUCGGCUUUUGGCAACCCUUUUCCCCCCAUUGUAUUUAUCUAUCGAUAGUGUGUAACAACUGUGUUCUGCCGAAAGUAUUCCCAUCCGGUCACGUUUUGUUUUACUGCUGUGUAUUUACUACGCGAACAGCUUCGUCCCUCGAACCUUCCGAUAAUCACUUUACUUGUUAACGUUUGUUUUAGGAAUCUUACUCUUUUUUUUAUUUGUUUGUACAAUACCGUUUGUCCAUUUACCGUAUUUUGUUGGACAGUCUAUGUAAUAUUUCUCGAUCAUUGAAGCAAAUCAUUUGCUAUUUAAUGUUCUAUUUAAUUAACAGAACAGGAAGACGAACGAAACUAUCGGGGGUUGUUUGUUCUUCCAUUCAGCAAACGCUUUAUGAAUUUAAAUCGCGAGCUCUUAGAACAUUGCGCGUUAAUCGCUGCGUUAAAUGCAGAUUAGUUUGUUAAAACCCAUCUUUUUUACACAACCUAUUGAACCUAUGAAAACUUUAAUGCUGCUUUUUGAUCCUCACAAGCGUUUAAUUGAAGAAUUUGUGAUAUCCUUAUUGUUUCUUUGAAAUACUGUUCUUCUCCUUCCCCGUCUCUGUUGCUAAUUCUAAUAUACGUACAUUUGUUAUACGACGAUCCCCGAGACACCCCUCUCCCAUUGCUAACUGUUAGUAAUUUUUGAUUUUGGGAGGAACGUUUUGUCAGAUUUUGUCUAGGGUCGUGCAGCAGCAUCAAAAUACAAGGAAAGAGCCUUCAAAAAAUGUGUAACUGCUCCAGGCACAGGAAAAUGUAUGUUACUUUAACUAAUUUACCUAUAAGCUUGCUAAUGUGUAAGUGUGUAAGUAAACAAAAAACAGAAACGUAACAAUAUUAAUCUCACACACUUGGAGUACCCACAUGGAGCGCGACGUUGUUAUACGGUCAGUGGGUACGCUACAUAGUUGCUGUAAUGUUAUCCCAUCUGGUAAAAUCCGUUUAAGUUAAAGCAGCUAGCGAAUUGGGUGAGGUUAAGACUAAAAAGGAAGACAGUCUUACGGUGCAGUAGACGUUACGUUAGCGCUCGAACAAAUCGAAAGAAGACUAUUGGAUUAGACAGUAUAGUUUGUCAGGUUUUUACAAGUAAAAUGUCCUCGUAAUAGCAAUAAACUGGGAAGCGAUUAUGAUUUACGUAUUAUGGGAGAAUCAAUCCGCUUUCCUUUUCUUCUUAUUCGUUACAUCGUCCAGCAGACAGGAGGAUGACUUUGAGUUGAUCCAAUGUUGAGUCCAUAUGUGUGUCACUCAUGCUUCACCGAGAGGGCAACUAAGCAAAGCCUAAAUCAACAUCCGGUUCGAACAACUCAAUUCACUCAUUAUUCACGCUGCUCCUCGUAAACUCCUUUGUACUUGAGUUAAAAUGAUCGUGAACCUGACAAACGUUUUAGUUUAAAGAUCUAAGCAUAAGAAGAAGAAGUAUCGCUUUGAAUUGAGCUAUUGCGAAAAAAAAGAAGGAAUAGACCUUAAGUCGAGAUGAACAAAUCACGCGGAAAUGGACAGGAAUUGUUAAGUUUCUGAAAGCCUGAAACUGUAAACGUUAACUCUAUAGUAGCUCCGUUUGAACUGUGUAAAGCAAAACGAUAUACAACAUAUUUAUACAUUAAAACAGAACCUUCCAUCCUGGAACACAA